AUGUUGACUCUGCGGUUCAUCGUCGCCGUUGGAGCUUCGUUCCUCUUGAGUCUCGCUGACGCGCAGUCGUUGGCAGACGCUCCACAGUGCUCUACAACAUGUCUUGUACAAGCAAUGAGCCAGCCUGCAUUUGCAAAUCAAUCACAGGCUCAAUUAUGUGUCGAUGAAGGCUUCAACAACUUCGUCGGAGGUUGUGUGCAACAAGCAUGUAGCGUGGUCGAGUCCCUGACCUUUGUCAACAUCACAAGAACCGCAUGUGGAUUCCCUUUCUCGGACUAUCGCAAGGGGUCGAAGGCGACCAGUCUCGGCAUGUUCAUACUCGCGUCUGCCUUCUUUGCAUGCAGAAUUGUUAUUAAAGUCAUGGGGUACACUCCGUGGGGAGCUGAUGAUAGUUUGUUGGUACUUGCGUUUGCCGCCCUGAUUCCUUUCACUGUUCUUAUACAGUACAUGAUACCGCAAGGCCUGGGACUUGACAUAUGGGUUCUUCACGACUACCAAAUCACUACCUUCCUCAGGUACCUCCUAAUGGUCCAGACGCUUUACAUCUUCAUCCUCACCAUUAUAAAGGCGUCCAUUCUUCUAUUUUUUCUACGCAUCUUCCCGGAAAAGAAGUUCAGGAUCGCCGUAUGGUGCGCACUGGCCUACGAUCUCUUCGUGGGUUUCAUAUUCAUCGUCUUUAGCUUCGUCCAGAGACAGCCUACAUGGCUCAUCUGGGAGGGCUGGCGCGACAAGGAGCCCCGCGGUGUCAUUCUGGAUCUCAAUAAAAUGGGCUUGGUGCAUGGCGGCAUGAACAUUGCGCUCGAUAUCUGGAUGCUGAUUCUACCCCUGACACAGCUCUACAAACUUAACCUUAAGAUGAAGAAGAAGCUUGGAAUCAUGGCCAUGUUCAGUGUGGGUAUCUUCCUCACCGUUGUUAGCAUCAUACGCCUUCACAGCUUAAUACCAUUUGCGACAUCAGCAAAUGCGACAGCCGACGCGCGCGGGACGACGAUCUGGUCUGCCAUCGAGAUCUGCACCGGCAUAGUGGUGGCCUGCAUGCCAAAUGCGCGACAGAUCUUGCGCGAGGCUGGCCGGCAGAUCAAGAAUGCGUCAUUGAGUCUCACGAAUAGGACGCAUAGCACGAAUUCGGGGUCGCAGCGAAUCUUCCAAGACCAGUCGCUCGAGUUGCGUGUGGCAGUCAACUCUCGGGGUCCCAUUUCAGCGCCGACGCCGACGGACAAAAGCAGCUAUAGCUCUACUACUCCAUUUGACUUUGGGAGAAAGAACUCGAGCUUUACCAGCGACGCAGAGACGGCAACAUAA